AUGAUACUGCUCACCUUUGACGACGCCGUCAACGAUGUGAACUUUCCCCUGUACGAAGAGAUCUUUGAGGAGAUGAGCGCAAGCGGCCGGCGGCGCACUAAUCCCAAUGGCUGUCCCAUAAGGGCAGUCUUCUUUGUCUCACACGAGUGGACGGACUACGGCAAAGUGCAGACGCUCUACGCCCGAGGACACGAGGUGGCCUCGCACUCCAUCACGCAUCGAUUUGGGGAAAAGUUUUCCACUGAAGACUGGCGACGGGAGCAUGUUGGCCAGCGGGAAAUUCUGCACCGGUACGCGAAUAUACCUCGAGAGGACAUCAGGGGCACACGAGCCGCUUUUCUGCAGAUUGGCGGCGACAAGCAGUUUCAGAUGCUGAUGGACGGCAACUUUAGCUACGACAGCUCAGUGUCCAUCUUUGACAAUUCGCCGCCCUUCUGGCCGUACACGCUGGACUUUGCCUUUGACAUGCAGCACGACUGCAUGAUAUCGCCUUGUCCGACGAGAAGCUAUCCAGGUUUGUGGGAGAUUGGUCUGGUGAUGUGGCAAAAUCUGCCCGGCGGUGGCCGCUGUACAAUGGGCAACAGCUGCAACUCGCCGCCAGACGAGCAGGCCGUCUACGAGCUGAUUAUGAGCAACUUUAAGCGGCACUACGAGAGCAACCGAGCGCCAUUUCCAAUGGCCUACCACUCCGCCUGGUUCACCACGCCUCACCACAAGGCGGGCUUUUUGCGCUUCAUCGACGAGGUUCUCCAGCUAGGGGACGUCUACUUUGUAACCAACCAGCAGGCGCUGCAGUGGAUGCGCCAGCCGACAAAGCUGGCACACAUUGACCGCUUCGAGCCGUGGCAGUGUCCACAGUUGGUUUCAUCAGCACCGAAGAAGGUGCUUGAGUGCCUCAGGCCAAACAUUUGUCUAGUGAAGUUUCGCAAGAAAAACAACGUCGGCUCGAGGUACUUUAAAACGUGUCAGGUUUGCCCCACUGACUACCCUUGGAUCGAUACACCGGACUUACUGGAGAAUUAA